GACUGUAUCACCUGUCUGCACUGAGGGACACCUGAGCCUCUGAUCUAGAAGCGGUCACCUGACACCGCGCACGAGCAGGCGCGCACACUGACAGUCCGCUCUUCGGCUCCUCCUCACUGCGCCGUGCGAGCUGUUCCUCUCCAUCAGAAGGAUCUCCUGCAGGAGUCAGCCUGCUCUGCUGUGGAAGUCAUGGGUCUUCUCAUCACCGCGGUUUUCCUGUGGGCCGCCGCGUGCGGAGCUGGAAGCAAACCUGCAGCCUCACCUCUCAACGAUGCCAAGGUGGAGUGUGUGAUCCAGGAGGCUCUGAAUGAAGAUGGCCUCCAUCAUGACUGUGGACCACAGCUAGCAGAUGAACUGGGUGAAGCGCAGAGACAUCGGGGUCUCCUCAGAGAGCUUCAGAAGCUGGCAGCUGAUGAGAGAGCAAAGGAACAGAAGUACCAGUACCAUCUGACAGAUGAUGAGAGCAGCUUUGAGCAGAAGGACGCUGAGGAGGACCACGGAGGUCUAAGCAGCGUUGACAAAGAAAUGGUUGAGCCUGAAGAAAACAAGACAGCAGUGAUUGAAGCAACAAAGAUGAUGGACGAGCCCCAGAUUGAAGGAAGGGGAAUGGAUGAUGAAGAAGAGAGAGCCAAGGAACUAGAGGAGCUGCUGGCAGAGGAAAUCACCAAGAAAGCCAAAGAUGAAAGGGACAACAAGGAGCUGGAAGAAUUGCUAAAAGAGCUUAAAAAGAAGCGUUACGAGGUGGUGAAGGAGAGGGAGAUCCAGAGGAGCUCAGGAAUGGAGCAGAAGAAGGAGGUGGAGGAUGAAAAGAUGGAGCUGGACAAGAACAAAGAAGAAGACACAGAGGAAUUGGAGAAGCAAAGGACGGCUGAGUCGGAGCUGAUGAUGGAGAAGGAAAAAGUGGAGAAGGAGUUGAAUGACAUGCUGAAGGAGCAGGACAGCAGGAGCAAACCAGAAAAAGAGAAGGAGAGGAGGGAGAAGCAGGAGGAGCUGGACGAGCUGGUCAAAAAGAUGAAAUGGAUACAAGAGCAGGAAGUGCAAGGUAAGAAAGAGGACAGCACUGAUGAAACCAAGGAGAAGAAAGAUUCUGAAGAGGAGAAAGAAGACCAGAAGCAGGAGGUGCUGGAGCUUAAGGAGCCGCAGCAGAAGAGAGUGAUGGAGAAGGCCAGCGACGAGGCCACGCGACAGUUUGAGCGGGAAAGGUACAACCAGGAGGAGGAGGAGGAGGAGGAAAAUGGGGACGAUGAGGAAGACGUCAGACAGGAGGAUGAAGAAGAUGAUGAUGAUGAUAAUGAGGAAGGUGAAGGGGAGGAGCUCCUGGAGAUUGAAGCUGAGCUGCGUAAAGUUGCUGCGGAGCUUCGGGAGCUGCGUAGAGGAUAAGACACCCCCACAGCGGCUGACACUCUCUGUUGUACACUUGGUUCACACAUCUUCCAGCUACCCCCCCCCCCCCCCCCCCCCCCACACACACACACAACCUCUGACAGUUCGGAAGAAACGGGAACCUGAGGAUGGAGAGCAGCAGAAGGUGUAGAUACGUUUGUCUGCUGUCUGCGCUGACAGUGUCUUUAGGAAAAAUGAGGCAGUUUUCUGCACUCUAAAGCCCCCCUGCCCUGCCCCCCUCCCAUGUCUUUAGCAUUGUGAAUAGGAUUUGUAGGCCAGGCAGGGUCAGUCUCUUCUGUUGCACUUUCACAAAUCUUGCACUUUCAUUGUAACUGACUGUAGAUUGUUUUCCAGCCACUGAGGAGUCAACAGUUCUGCUCUUUAGUGUUUUUGUUGGGGGAAUCCCUGUCAUAGUUGAUCAAAAGUUUGUGCAAUAUUCUCUGCAGCGCUUUCUGCUAAUCUGACUGUUAACAUUUCGCCCUGAUCCUUCUACACCACCGUCCGCGAUGGUCUGCCCUCCAUCAUCUAAUCUAUUGAAGUGGAUUCUUUCAUUUGGCUCACGCACUGUUAAAACUAGACUGUUGAGAGGAACCCAAGUGACACGAGCCAAAGCGGAUUGUCCUUCUGGACAGCCUUGCUUAAGUCAGAUGUUAAAUUUGUCUUUUGCGUGGUUGGAAGCCAGAGAAUGUCAUGUUCUCGGAGUUUACAAGGUCUAAAAGUGUCACUCCAGGUUCUGAAGCCAGCUUUGCACUCUUAACUAACCAAGCCAAGGAGGAGGGAGGGGGAGGAGCAGGACACUAAAGCCAUUUUCUUGUUGCUUGGUAACACCAACAGUAACUUUAAAAGAAGACUGAUUUUUGUCAUUAAUUUUUUGUAGCAUGUAUGUGGUUUGUUGGCCAAGAUUGUAAGAAAUAUAAUAGAACAGCGCCCCCAAGAGUUCACACCCGUACCUGCACUCAGUGCAGGUGUUUUUAAUGGAGGCCUAUUUGCUGCAAUAAAUUAUAGAUAAAAGCACAUACAAAUGCAAUAAAUAGCCAAAAUUAUCGUGCAAUGUAUUUUAAUAUAUAAAUUUUUUUUUAUACAAAACUGCUCUCCCUUUGUUUAACAGAAGAAGAAACCCAGACGAAUAAAAGGUAUGAUGAGCCAGAACAGAGAUGUUCCUGAGUUUGUUCCAAUCAGAACAUGUUUGUCCACUUUGUGUAGCUGUACAAUGAAAGCACUGUUGUUGUUUUGUAUAGACGUGUGUCAAAUGUGUCCACUUAAUGCAACACAAACCAGCAGGACAGAGGGAGGGGUCAUUAUAUACCUAAUCUGAGCUCAAAGGACAGAGAAAACAGUUUUACUGACCGCAGGAUGAUAUUUACUGUACAUGUUAUCUGUUGGAUCCUCUUCUGUUUGUGUUGCUUAAUAAACAGUGAGUCUUAAGCCUGUUA